UAUGUAAAGGCUACAUCUCGACAGCAGGAUCUCACUACCUUGAUACACACGAUCAGUAUCAAGAGAAAACAACAAAGAAGCUAAACAACAACUCAAAACAACAAACUAGUCAUACUUCUCUUCUUUGAAUGCCAAACCAGUCCCUUUUGACGGGAAGACUUGGCAAUAGGAGAAGAACCUGAGCUAGAGCGAAAACAAAGUGACCAGUUUCUGGAAUAGUUACUCGAUAGAGCACCUGACCAGAAUGUCAGCCCUGCUCCCCGAGAUGAAGUGUCCUGGUCGGUAUUGUGGUCUCUAUGAGGGGGUGUGUACUGCGUGUCCUCGUGGUAUGAGGGUCGAUGUGGCCACUGAGAUAUGCCAACCUUGUUUGAACGAUCCAGUGACUUAUGAGUGGUUGUACCUGGGAUUUAUGGUUCUGGUCGUUGUGUACUUUCACAUGGAAUCUCUGACUAGAUUCCUUGAAAAAGCUUGCGGAGAGUGUGACGUGAAAAGUACAACGAAGUGGAUCGGUGUAGCGCUCCUAGAGACCAUAUUAGCUGCUUUCUUAACUCUAAUUUUAUCAGACCCUCAUGGAAAGUUAAACUUGUAUGGCUGCGGUGUAACCUCCUUCUUAGACUGGUAUUCCGUCUUUCAAAACCCCACAGGAUGCAUCCCACACUUCCUUUAA